CACGUAAGAGUUUGCAAUUGUUGAAUCAAUUCAAAUGCAAUAAGCAAACCUCUCAAAAAAACUCGUAACCAACUCUUUUUUUUCUUUUUUCAGUUCUUCUUUGUUAUUUUCCACAAUUUUCUCUCAAGAAAUCUUGUUCUAGUAAUUUUCUUCAUCAAUGGCGUUCAAGAAAACGUUGGCGCAGCGCCUUUUCGGCAUAUCAAGAAUCAGCAACCGUGCCCUGACUAACUGCCGCGUUUCCUCCCCAUGCACCGCCGUGCAAUCCAAGGCCUUGAAUCAUAAGACGACGACGCCAAACCGACUCGCCCCGGAUCCCGGAGACGAUGGGAUUUUCAGGCGAUACCUCCACCGAUUCUCGGCAGCGACGUCGCCCGGUCUGCGGUUCCUUCCCACGGGAGAGAAUCUUUUCGAGAAGCUCCGGGAGAUGGACAUUGCCCGAGACAGGAUCAGGCUUGAUGGGCUGAGGCCCGCGGCGCCGGAGGUGACGCUGUCUCUGAAGGAUGCGGUGAAGAUUCUUAGACUUUCUCAACUUGAAACGGUGAAGUCGAGGCUGAGGCAGAUUGAGAAGGACUGCGUUUCUUAUCCGGAAUUCUUGGAGAUUUGUGCUAAAGAAUGCUCAAGUGUCGAUCAAGCGGAGGCAUUGGCCAAAAUGCUUGAUGAAUCCGGGAGUGUGAUUGUUCUUGGAAACAUCGUGUUUCUCAGGCCUGAACAGGUGGUGAAAGCCAUCCAGGGCCUAAUCCCCAUCCCCUCACAAACCGGCCCUGAAGAUCAGAUCAAGGAACUCCAGGAACUGGAGAGACAGAAAGCGGCCAUCGACAGAAGAGCAGAAUUGAAGGUUCGUCGGGAACUAUGGUGUGGGUUAGGCUGUCUGGCUGUCCAAACAGCAGCCUUCAUGAGGCUAACAUUCUGGGAACUUUCAUGGGACGUAAUGGAACCUAUUUGCUUCUACGUUACAUCCUUGUAUUUCAUGGGCGGAUACGCAUUCUUCCUACGAACAUCGAAAGAACCGUCGUUUGAGGGGUUCUUCCAGAGCCGGUUUAGCGCAAAGCAGAAGCGCCUCAUGAAGGCUCAAAACUUCGAUGUUGGGAGGUAUAACGAGCUGAAGAAAUUAGCUUGUUCUGGUCCUCAGUCACCGGGGAUUAAUUCUAUCAGUUUAGCUUCUUCAGGUUUACGGACAUACUGAGUGUGAUCUUAUUAGCGUAUGAAGACAAUGAGAUGACACAAAGUAAUUAAUUAUACAUUAGAGACAA